GCUGUCCGUUUACAUCAGAAGAAAAUCCUGAACCCACCAUGAAAGCUGAGGUCUGCCGGACCUUGAUGUCUAAAAUACAACCUUGACCGCAGCAGUGAAAUUUUCAGACUUGUUUGUGCUGAAAGGUUGGAUUCAUGGCUCUGGAAGAUUCGAACCUCAAACCAUCACUGAGGACAACAUGAGGAGCAUCUAGUCCCAGCUGGAGGAAGUGCAGCUUGGUUCUUCUGGCAGUCUGACCAGCAAUGGUAACUCCUCCACCCGCGGUGAAUAAGAUUUACUCCUGCCUGACAGCGGCCCUCAUCAUGACCAGCCUGGUCCUGCUGGACGGCUACCUGGUGGGACAGAAUCCUGGUCCUGGGAGGACACCCGUGUGCAUCGCUGUCCUGGCAGGCGACACGUGUUUCCUCAUCGUACUGCGAUAUGUGGCAGUCUGGGCCGGAUCAGAGGUGCACACGGCCAAGCGAGGCUACGCCAUGAUCCUCUGGUUCUCCUAUAUCUUCUUCCUGGAGAUAAAGGUCUACUUUGUUUAUCAGAGCUACAAGUCCCAGGAUGUGACCUUGGAGGCAAAGAUGAUGAACUCUGGUGUGUCCAGGAGGGGUCUUACCCUUCUGCUGUCCGUCUGCAUGCCCAUCGUCUUCCUAACGCUGGCAGCCGUAGAUCAUCUGGAAUAUUUACGUCACCGUAAGAAAAGAGAGGCGAUCCGAAGCCGCCUGGUCUGGGUGGUGCUGGACCUGCUGGAUGUUGUGGAUGUUCAGGCCAACCUGUGGGAGCUUCAGGGGAAGGGGCUUCCUCUGUGGGUGGAGGGGCUGAUGUUUUUCUACUGUUACAUCCUCCUCCUUGUACUGCCCUGUGUUUCCCUCAGUGAGCUCAGCAUGCAGGGGGUGAACAUUGUCCCCCAUAAAAUGAUGCUCUAUCCCAUCCUCAGCCUCACCACCAUCAACAUCACCACGCUCCUGAUCCGGGGAGUAAACCUGCUGAUUUACAGUGACGCCCGGGUGUCAGGGGUCAUGAUGGGGAAGAACGUGAUCGCUGUGGUGGUAAAGAGUUGCAGCCUGGUGCAGUACGGAAAACACCGGCUGGAAUCUCCUCCAGUAGACCGAACCAACCAAACACAGCAGAAUUCUCUGGAUGUUCCUGUAUCCACGACUCAGCCUCUGAUACUGCCCACGGUGGUGAUCCAGGACUUCACCACUAUUCCCCAGGAUGAGGAGGAGGAGGUAACACCAAACCAACAACCUAAACCAAAAUUUCAUUAGUGAACGGUUUGUUCGGGUUUGGAGCACCUCCUUGUUUCUGCUUGUUUUGAGUUGGUUGGACCACAGAGACGUUAGAUCUGGUUUAUACUG